GCCACGGAACUCAAAAUACAAAAUUUAGCUAGAUUUUAGGAGAGUGUUUCAAGUCCGUCUUCUUUAUUUUUUUUAUUUUUUUUUUUACUUUUAAUUUUUUUAAUUUUUAUUAUCAGCUCAUGAGGUACAAUUUCCAACAAAUAUAGAAUAUCUACUACAACACUUAACAAGAUUGGUCAAUCAGUGAGUGAAAGAAGAAGAAGAAAAUGGGAAAAUCUACAGCUUCUUCUUGCUUAAAGAUCAUUGCUUGUGGCAGUGAUUCUGUUGACCGUGAUGAACUUGAAGCUCAUCCUGAGAGUAAAAGCUCAAGUGAUAAACGUGGAUGGAGUUUCCGCAAGAAAUCUACCAGGCAUCGUGUAUUAAGCAAUUCAGUAGUUUCAGAAACACCAUCUGGGAACAAGGACUGGCCAGAAGCUGCUAAUGCCAAUCUGCAAACACAAUCUAACUCUACCAUUCCAGAGAAGGCAUCUGUCGUCCAAUGGGCAGAUGAGAAACCCCAGUUUUCAACGGUCGAGAAGUCCCAGGUCUCGGCAGACGAGAAGCCCCAGAUCCUGGAGGAUGAGACGCCCCUAGUCUCUGUGGAUAAGAAGCCCCAGGUCUCAGCGGAUGAGAAGCCCCGUGUCUCCACAGACGCGAAGCCCCAGCUCUCGGUGGAGGUCUCAGUGGAUGAAAAGCCCUUGAUAUCCGAAGAAGAGAAGCUCGAGGUCUCCGAAGAUGAGAAGCCCAACAUCUCUAUAGAUGAGAAGCCUCCUAUCUCAUCAGAAGAGAAAUCCCUGGUCUCAGACUUGGUGGAUGCAAAACAAUCAGAGUCAGUAAUAAUAGCUGGAUUUAAUGAUGCUAAAGCUGAUGUCAUUCCGGAUGAACACGCUCUUGUUAUUCAGACUGCAGUCAGAGCAUUUCUGGCACGAAGAGCUCAAUUAAAGCAAAAGCAUAUAACUAAAUUGCAAGCUGCUGUACGUGGACACUUAGUUCGUAGGCAAGCUGUAGGAACUCUGCGAUGUGUCCAAGCUAUUGUCAAAAUGCAAAUUCUUGUUCGAGCACGUCACACUAAUCGCAUUGCAGAAGAAUCUAGUAUCAAGGAGAAGCUAAAAGGAAAAGAGAACUCAGGAACAAAAUCAGAGUUCACAUACAUUUCAAUUUCAAAGCUACUGAGCAAUAGCUUCGCUCAACAGCUCCUUGAAUCAACUCCAAGGACCAAAAGUAUAAAUAUUAAGUGUGACCCUUCCAAAUCUGAUUCUGCCUGGAAAUGGUUAGAGAGAUGGAUGUCUGUUGCAUCACCAGGAAAUCAACCGUCACCACAAUCAGAAUUAUCUGCCGAUCAGCAGGAGAAUGAACCUAUCGAGCACCCCAGUAACCUUAUUGAAAAUGAAGUUCAGCUUGAUUCCGAGUCAAUGGACUUCAGACAGGGCGAGGAGGCAUCCUUGUCUGCAGUGCCAUCUGAAAGUGAUGAUAAUUUGAUCACUUAUGAUGCAGACAGCUUAGAUUUUCAAGCCAACAUACCCUUUUCGCCUCCUCAGCCUCAGAAUGUUGAUGAAAAAACUUCAAGAGAUGACACUUUCUGUUCUAUUCCUACUCAACAUAAGGAGGCCAAGGCUCUCCCUGAGACGGUGCCCAAUUCUUUCCCUGCAAACACUGAAGUUGAGAGAGAGGAUACACAUUCCCUGGAACUUUCAGAGACUGAGAGCAAAAAGAUUUUACAUGGAUCAAGGAAGGCAAGUAAUCCUGCAUUUAUUGCUGCUCAGACAAAGUUUGAGGAACUCACUUUGGCAGCUAAAUCAACCAAAGAUUCUAGUUUGCCCAAUCAUAAAACAGAAGAUGAAUCUAGUGAAGAUACGUUUUCAACUAUCACUAAUCAUUCAUUUGGGGCAAGGGAUGCUGCUCCAUCAGAAAAUUCUGUUCCUCACAGUACAAGAGCUCAAGUUGGUGGUUCAGAAUGUGGCACGGAGCUUUCUAUUUCUUCUACCCUGGAUUCACCAGAUAGGUCUGAAGUCGGAGGUCAUGUAUUUGAGCAGGAACUUCCUUCCAAUGGUGGCACUGACCAUCAUAAGAGCAAUGGAUACCCUCACAUUGAAGAUGAUAGUACAAAUGACUUAUCACACUCCGACUAUGUUCAGGCAGGGAGAGAGGAUCCUACUGAUGAUGCUAAGCAUGUAGAUGUUAUGGUCAGUUCAGAUCUAUCACCCGUAGAGCAGAAGCCAGAGAACAAUUCAGUUAAUGUUCAAAUAGAGCAAGAAGCUAGGACGGAUCGGCUAGACAAGUCAUCACCAGACGCAUCUCCAAGGAGCCAUAUAACUGUCCCUGAAUCCCAAGGGACACCUUCUAGUCAAGUGUCCGUGAAUCCUAAGAAGAUAAGAAGUGAAAAAAGUGGAUCGAUUCCCAAGCGCCGCUCUGCACCUGCUGGCAAAAAGUCUCCUUCAAAGUUAAACCAUGCUCCAGGUACAACUAGUUCGGAACAAUUAUCUAAGGAUCAUAAAAAUGAGAAGCGACGAAACUCGUUUGGUUCAACAAAAGCUGGACUAGCUGAUCAGGAGGCUAGAGAUAACAGUACUAGCAGUUCUCUCCCAAGUUACAUGCAAGCAACAGAAUCUGCAAGAGCCAAAGCUAUCCCAAAUAGCUCCCCAAGAUCUAGUCCAGAUGUCCACAAUAAAGAUGAAUACAUCAAAAAGAGACAUUCACUCCCUGGUUCAAAUGGUAGGCAAGGUUCACCUCGUAUCCAGCGGUCUCUGUCUAAUGCACAGCAGGGUGCAAAGGGAAAUGGAACUCAAUCUCCACAAGAGAGGAAAUGGCAGAGAUGAGUAGAGCUCUGUGGCUUAUUGGCAAUUCCUUUGGGUGCUUGACAUCUGUUCUUAGGAACUCCACAGCAAAGCUAUACCCUGGGCCAUUAUUUAUUUGUGAAGAGAAAUGUAGAAAGAGCUAUUUUUCUUGUAAAUUUACUAUUUUCUCAUGCCUACUCAAACCCCCUUUUCUUUUUCAAGGAUUUUGUUUGAGAUGCUUGUUCUUCUUUUUCCUUUACAUCACCUUUGUGUGUAUCUUUAUAAUAUUGUGUGCUUUUCUGGCUGAUGUAUUUUUCUGACUGCUAAUGAGAAGUUUGGAAGAGUUGCUUUCA